CAAUUCCCACUUGCUGAUGAAAGAGAAGAGUAAUUUAAAGAUGGCGGAGUGCAUGGCAGCACGUUUGGCCGCGCAAGAGGAGCAGAUAAAGCUCCUCACUCGGGAAUUUAGCAUCUUACGAGACGGGCUAAAUGGUGGUCCAGACGUAGCCAGCAUUCUCGCCAGUUCUCCGGAGCUGGAGAACUUACGGAGCGAGAAUGAGAAGCUCAAAUUUCGUCUCGUGCACCUCCGCCGGGGUCUCCAGGAAGAGCUCGCGAGGGAGGGACAGGGCAAGGGGGGCACAAACAAAGGCCAGGAGAAAACAGGGAAAGAACAACAACAACAACCAAAGAACCGCAAUGCUGAUAAUAAUAAGGCAGCAACUCAUGAGACCAAACCUGCUGCUCAUAAGAACAACAAGAAGGAGAAGCCAGAGAACAACAAGAAAGAGAAGCCAGAGAACAACAAGAAAGAGAAGCCAGAGAAGGCACAGGGAGGAGGGGGCGGUGGCAGAGAGCUGAAACCGUGGCCUGGCUACAUCUCGGAGCGCAUGCAGCUGUAUGAGGAGCUGAAAAAGGAGAGUGAUGCCCUGCUGGCCAGGAGAGCUGCAGACAGCCAGCCCAUCACUGUGGAGCUGCCAGAUGGACGCAGGGUGGAGGGUCAGGCCUGGGUCACUACCCCCUACCAGCUGGCCUGUGGCAUCAGUCAGGGCCUGGCUGACAAUGCAGUGAUUUCCCGGGUGAACGGGGACCUGUGGGACCUGGACAGACCUCUGGAGAAGAGCUGCUCACUGGAGAUCCUGCGCUUUGACAAUGACGAUGCCCAGGCUGUAUACUGGCACUCCAGUGCUCACAUCCUUGGUGAGGCCAUGGAGCGUUUCUAUGGAGGCUGUCUGUGUUAUGGACCACCCAUUGAGAAUGGCUUCUACUAUGACAUGUUCCUCGAUGGACCCCAGGGGGUUUCGAGUACAGAGUUUGACUACCUGGAGGCACUGUGCAAGGCUGUGGUGAAGGAGAAACAGCCCUUCGAGAGGCUGGAGGUCAGCAAGGAGACCCUACUGAAGAUGUUCAAGUACAACAAAUUCAAGUGUCGCAUUCUGAAUGAGAAAGUCACCACACCUACAACAGUCUACAGAUGUGGGCCUUUGAUUGACCUGUGUCGUGGGCCCCACGUAAGACACACAGGAAAGAUUAAAGCAUUGAAGAUCUACAAGAACUCUUCUACGUACUGGGAGGGCCGCUCGGACAUGGAGACCCUGCAGCGUAUCUACGGCAUCUCCUUCCCAGACUCCAAGAUGCUGAAGGAGUGGGAACGCUUUCAGGAGGAGGCUAGGAACAGAGACCAUCGGAAGAUUGGAAAGGAACAGGAACUGUUUUUCUUCCAUGACCUGAGCCCUGGCAGCUGCUUCUUCCUCCCGCGUGGAGCCUACCUGUACAACACACUCACUGACUUCAUCAGGGAGGAGUACUGUAGAAGAGGUUUCCAGGAGGUGGCCUCUCCUAACAUCUAUAACAGUAAGCUGUGGGAGACUUCUGGCCACUGGCAGCACUACAGCGACAACAUGUUCUCCUUCCCAGUGGAGCAGGACAUCUUUGCACUGAAGCCCAUGAACUGUCCUGGACACUGUCUGAUGUUCAGCCACAGGCCUCGGUCGUGGAGGGAGCUGCCUCUGAGACUGGCUGAUUUCGGGGUGCUCCAUAGGAAUGAGCUUUCAGGGACACUGACCGGCCUUACGAGGGUGCGCCGCUUCCAACAGGAUGAUGCUCACAUCUUCUGCACAAUGGAACAGAUUGAGUCUGAGAUGAAGGGCUGUCUGGACUUCCUCCGCUGUGUCUACGAUGUCUUUGGCUUCUCUUUCCAGCUGCACCUCUCAACCCGUCCAGAGAAGUACCUAGGAGAUAUCGCUGUCUGGAACCAGGCUGAGAAGCAACUGGAAAACAGCCUGAAUGAGUUUGGGGAGCCAUGGAAACUAAACCCCGGAGACGGUGCUUUCUAUGGACCCAAGAUUGACAUUAAGAUCAAAGAUGCUAUUGGCCGGUAUCAUCAAUGUGCAACCAUUCAGCUGGACUUCCAGCUUCCCAUCCGCUUUAACCUGACCUUUGUGGGGAAGGAGGGGGAUGACAAAGCGAGGCCUGUCAUCAUCCACCGGGCCAUUCUAGGCUCUGUGGAGAGGAUGAUAGCCAUCCUCACUGAGAACUACGCAGGGAAAUGGCCCCUCUGGCUGUCCCCACGUCAGGUGAUGUUUGUGCCUGUCAACCCUACCUGUGAAGAAUAUGCCAAGAGGAUGUGUAAACAGUUUGUGGAGGCCGGAUUCAUGGCAGACGCUGAUCUUGACUCCAGUUGCCUCCUAAACAAAAAGAUCCGCAACGCCCAGUUAUCCCAGUACAACUUCAUCCUGGUGGUCGGUGAGAAAGAGAAGCUGACUAACAGCGUGAACGUACGUACGAGGGACAACAAGGUUCAUGGAGAGCUGUCCGUCUCUGAGGUGCUGGCUCGCCUGACCCUGUUGAAAGAGUCACGCUGCCGGAACGCUGAGGAGGAGUUCUGAGGAAAGGCAGGGUGACCACAUGGUUCCCAGAAGACGACAAAAUGUUUAAUGCCAGAUAGAAUUCUGUGGUUUUCUCUGUCACAAUAGAUGAACAAAAGGGACAUUUUGUGAAUGCAAAGAGGUCUGUGUGGGAAGGAUAGACAUGGAAAGGGGUAGAUUAAAUGUAUUGACAUGUUUGAAAAAUAUACAAUAUUUUCUACUCACUCACUUGAAACUGACAGAGCCUUUCUGUAUUUGGAGUAGUUGAAUAUGUAUCUUUCUUUGAUUGUCUAAUCAGUUUGAAAGAAUAGUGUCAGAAAGUAAGAAUGUAUUUGGUACAGUACUGCAGGGUUUCUCAAACUCGGCCCUGGUGUUCCACAUUUUGGUUUUUGCCCUAGCACCACACAGCUGAUUGGUUAUUUGAAUCACCUGUGUAGUGCUAGGGCAAAAAACUAAACUUGCACCCAUGGGAAACCCUGCAGUAGUGUAUGAAAGACCAUGCAAGAGCAGUUUUUUUUUUUCAACACUAAUCUGAAGGAUAGAAUGUGGAUGAAGGAAGAUGUCAUGAUAAGAUUAUUUAUUGGGUUGAGGUUGAAAGAAGGUUGCAAUGUAAAACAAAGGACACUUUCUGGAAAUAUUAAAUACAAUCAUGAAGUAGCUCUCUCCUCUUGUUGGAUUGUAUCUUGGAAUAAAAUAUUGACUCAA